CGUAUCACUUUGAUUCUUUCAUCAUGCGCUUCGAAAACUGGGAUAUCCUGCUCUUCCCGCAGGUGUCCGGCACACCCAUUCAGGAGUUUCGCACUGAAUGCUUCGGCAUUAUCUCGUUACACGCGUGGUCCAAGCCAGUCAUCUCGUCUCCUCAGAUUGUGAGAGGCAAUCGUAUCAUUCUGGCAAUGCAUGUUGCCAUUGAUGGCAAGACAGUUGCGUCAGUUAUCCGCUUGACCAGUCCAAAGAUCAAUCCGGAUGGCAACUUUCCUCACCAGGUCUUCCACUCGGCAACUAGCAGAUUGCUCUUUCCUCCUUUCCACCGAACCAUGCGUGACCAGCUCCAGCUCCACAUUGCCAAUAACGUUGGACGUAUCACAGUUUGCUUGUCUGAAGGUUACUUCUACGAAGCAGUUGGCACUGGCAAACAUCACUUCUGUCCUGUCAAAGACAUCGUCACCUUCAAAUGGAUUCACGCUCCUCAGAAUCCUCGACUCUUCAUCAAGUCAGAGGAUACUUUCGGAUAUGGCCAUGUACCUCACAUGUCUUAUCCUGUCAAUGAUGAGAGCACCAGCUCUGAGGACAGUAAAUUCAUCGUUCCGCCUUCCGUGACUACCUCUGGUGUUGUGCCAUUCUCUUAUACAUCAAGCACAGCACCUCUUCAGACUUUCGAUCAGGUCUUCACCGAUAACGAUCACCUCGAUUUUAAUGACUUGACUGCAUCUUCAGACUUCUCGUCAGGCUACACUUUUGGAGCUCCUCUAUCGGACUCCAUUCAUGCACCCCAGUCUGGUAUCCAGCAGACUCAGAUGACAAGACUCCCGAGCGACCAAGUCAGAGAGAUUGCCAAUGCUAUCGUCCCUGAACUGAUUGGACGUGGUGUUGCCAUGCUUGACGGCUCUUCAGACACUCCACCGCCUUGUCGUGGCUCCUUGAGGAAUGUUUCGGAUAUCAGCAUGCAUACUGCCUGCGAUCAAUACCCUGCAUGCGUUGUGGAUGCUCCUAACGGCAAAGAUGUGCUGCAUGUGCCUCGCAAGGCCGUUGCCAUUCCUACAAGAGCUCCCAGAAGCCGCAAAAAUGUCGGCAGAGCUACUGACUACCACCCUGCGAAGACCAUCGCCAGGUCGAUGAAGACUUGCUUCACCAUGGUUCCCGAGGCUGAGAUGCUGCGUUUAAGCAUGCACAAU